AGACGGAAGUUAUUUUACCGGAAACUUCAAUACGCAUGCGCAAUCACGUCCGCCAUAGCCCAGCAAAGCAAAAUAGACUGAAAAACGUCAAAUUUAUUGCAACUUUUUCCAGCUACCGGUUAAACUAUUGUAAAAUUGUUUAAAGAAAAGAUGAAUUUCAUUAGAUAUGGCAGAUGUAAGCCUAUUUUGGGAGUUAAAAAAUCGGUUCCCUGAAGUUCCCGAUGUCGUUGUAACACAAUAUAUGACUCAGUUUUGUAAUGAUAGAGAAAGAUGUAUCGAAAUGUUAACCAAUGAAAGUCCAAAAUAUUUAUUUGGCAAUCAAAACUGCCAAGUAAAUGAACGGAUAAAUGAAUUAAACCUUGGUGAACCGAGACCACGAAGUGACUCAUCUGGCAGCAACAUGAGUAACACGAGCUCAAGCAGUGCCUCUUCUAGACCACCGUUAACUUCGAGUCACAGUCUUAUGAAUGUACCUGGGUAUCGUGGACCAAUCAUAGGCACUGACGAUAACCACCCUCCAACAGCUCCGAUAUUGCCAAAUGAAAUUAAUCAAUUCAUGGAUAUGUAUAGGAGUGAUCAAAAUACUGCUGAAAUUCCAAAUAUUAGUUGUAACAAUUUACAAGGUGUUCAGCCAUAUGGAAACAGACAGAUUCAAUAUAGUGGAGGAUAUGUACAAAACCCCUCAGGGAUUCCUGCUGGUGUAAAUACAUCACAACAAAAUUUACGUCAAAUUGAAGUUCAGCAUAUUCAGACUAGCAGAGAACAUAGUGUUGUUAAUCAACAUCCAAAUUAUUUUCAAAUUCGAAUAGCUUCUAAUCCCAGCGUUGUGACUGGUCAUGUGACUGCAAAUAACUCGUCACAUCAAAUGAAUUCAAAUCGAGGCUGGGUUCAACAUCCUGUGCAUUAUAAUAACCCCUAUCAUAAAGUGACAUACACAGCCAAUCAGAAUACAGCAUUUUCACCGGAUCAUCGUUCCUCGCCUAUUUCACAUCAGCAGUAUAAUAAUAAUCACACGCCGACCGUGACCUCUCCGUAUAGGUCACCAAUAGAGGAGCAGCGAAGUUUUGGUGGUUAUGGACAGCAGCAGUAUGAAUCACAACAUUCUUCUCAGGCGAUGAUCUUUCUUCAAAAUCCCACGGCAAGUCCAAAUACACAGAACACGGUGCCUCAUGGUGAAAGACCGUUAGUGUCACCAGGUGGCCAGAAUGAUGCUAAUAUUCAUGGAUCUUAUAGUGACCCUAGUUUAUCUCCUAAUGUACGUAACCCUUCUAUGAACGAUUCCCAACCUAACCCUCAAAAUAUAACUGGACCUGUUUUAGUUGAGAUAAUAAAACCCCCGCCAAGGGCUCCAGGUGUGCAAUCCCAUAUUCAAUUCUUUAACAAAUUUUCUGGACCUCCAAAUUCCAAUCCGGGCGGUGUAAGCCCACAAACUGUUCAUAAGAAUAUGAUGCUGGGUCAAUACACCCAGUCAAAUGAAAAUCCCUUGCCGGAAUCGCAGCCAAAUUAUGUGAACAGACAUUAUACACCAGAGCGUCCAACUGUGAUAAACUUUCAAGGGCCUGGCACUAGUCGAGACGAUGGUGGAUUUCUUAAAUUUCCACAUAUGCCAAAUGAGUGCCGAGUACCUGGCCAUCCACAUGGCCCAAUACAAAAGAGUGCUAGUUUAGAUAAUAAUUCAGUGUUUAUUUCUGAUAUGGAUUAUCGUCACAUACCCACACAACCCUUCAUGUCACCAGCAUCUAGUCCAAGUAGCCUUAGUUCAGAAUCGUCAGUGGCACGAGAUAGACAACGAUCGGGUAGUGUUCAGGAUGACCCUGCCUAUCUUCAAGCAUUAUUGUCUCAUCAAAAGUCCCGGAUGGAUAAGCUUGUGGAUGAUUUAAAAUUGGCUGAAGAAAGAUUGGCUCAAUUAAGAGGGGAGGUGACAACAUUAGAAAGUCGUGUGAUAGAAAGAAAACGACAGAAAUCAUCUGUCUUUCCAUCUUCUGUAGAUUUAGCUAAAUUAAAGGGAGACAAUCUACAGCUACAGGCAGAUAUCCAGUUAAUGACUCGGGAGGUUGAUCUCAUGAAUAAUGGUCAAACUCCUUUAGGAGUACUUGAUCCACUAGAACAACAGAAUUUUUACAAGACCAUCAAUAUGGGGCCGAGUGGUUCUAUAUAUGGAGGGGCAUCGCAUGUGCCUCAUAAGAGUACCCCUACAAGACCUCCGCCAGAAAUCCCUCCAGAGCUCCCGCCCAGAGAUCCACAGCCUCGUGAAGGACUUCACUAUGUACCGCCCCCAUUGCCCCCACGUAUAGCAGCAACACAGGUUCCACCCCCACCACCACACCAACCCACAAUCAAUUCUGGUGAUUCCGAUGCUGAAGGUGAAAUGUGGAAUUGCUCGGCGUGUACACUCCUCAAUCAUCCGGCCUUGAAUAAAUGUGAAUGUUGUGAGAUGCCGAGAAUGGGUAUGCCUGCGUCGUCUCCGCUGACUCCACGAGAUGUACCUGAUUCCUAUUCUACCACAGUUCAAAAUACACCAAGCACAUGAUCAGAAUCAAAGCCUUUCAUUGGUCGAGGUUCAGCCAAUCACAGCAAAUGAAAGAAACACCAUUUGUGCCAUUUUGAUUGGUUAUUAGUUAUGAUAAAUUAGGGUUGUUUUAUUGAUUUUUAACCAAACCAGUCAUACUUAGAUCAUAUUCACCUAUUAAUUUGAAUGCUUUAGAUUUUGUUUUACCAGAAUAUAUUUUGCAACCAUUUUAACAUAAAGAUUUUUAUUGAAUUUUGUUAUUUCAUGUUUUAAACAAUCCUCAGUUUAUAAGCUGUUAUAGUGGUUAUUCAUAUUGUAUUUAAACCUGCUUUAUGCAUUUAUCUCUGCUUUUUAUGAUGUUUAUGGUAUUAAAAUAGGCAGAAUUUCAUCAUAAAAUUCAUUGUAUCACUUGCACAAUGAGUAAUAAUGUACCAGAUAUGAAUAGAACGUUAUUCUUGAUGUUUAUUUUAAUUAAAAUCAUAUGUCAUAGUAAGUCAUAGCAAUAAAUUUUAUCCAAAUAGCUUUAUUUUUAACAUUGGUUUGCUUAAAUUGUUUGGGGAAAAAAACGACCACAAAAAAAACCAACUGUGCUUGAAUUUACAAGUGUCAAAAAGUGUAUAUUUUUUCUUUGUAAAACUUUGCUUAAUGUCUUGAUUAUAGUCAUUCUUUGACCCUUGACCUGCUGAAAGGUGAUUAACCUUUGCCACCAGUAUAGAGCCAGGCCAGCUUGUACAUCUGUGCAGCCUGACCAGGCUGUGUCAUGUUGGUAGUAUUUUUUAGCUCACCUGUCACAAAGUGACAGGGUGAGCUUUUGUGAUCGCUUUUUGUCCGGCGUCCGUCCGUCCGUAAACUUUUGCUUUAAAUGACAUCUCCUCAAAAACCACUAAGCCAAUUUCAUUAAAACUUCACAGGAAUGUUCCUUUGGUUGUCACCUUUAAAAAUUGUUCAAAGAGUUUAAUUCCAUGCAGAACUCUGGUUGCCAUGGCAACCAAAAGAAAAAACUUUAAAUGUCUUCUUUUAAAAAACCCUAAAAGCUAGAGCUUAGAUAUUUGGCAUGAAACAUCUUUUAGUGAGUGUCUACCAAGUUUGUUCAAAUAAAAGCCCUUGGGUCAAAAUUGGCCCCGCCCCAGGGGGUCAUUGAUUUACCUUAUAUGUCUAUAGCAAAAACUGAAAAAAUCUUCUUUGAAAAAACCCAAAUAGCUAGAGUUUAGAUAUUAAGCAUGAAACAUCUUCUAGUGAGUGUCUACAAAGUUUGUUCAAAUAAAAGCCCUGGGGUCAAAAUUGGCCCCCGCCCUGGGGGUCAUUGAUUUUCCUUAUAUGUAUAAAGCAAAAACUGAAAAAAUCUUCUUUGAAAAAACCCAAAUAGCUAGAGUUUAGAUAUUAAGCAUGAAACACCUUCUAGUAAGUGUCUACAAAGUUUGUUCAAAUAAAACCCCUGGGGUCAAAACUUGCCCCGCCCCAGGGGUGUCAUUGUUUUUAACUAUAUGUGUAUAGUAAAAACUUAAAAAAUCUUCUUUUAAAAAACCCAAUGAGCUAGAGCUUAGAUGUUUAGCAUGAAACAUCUUCUUAUGGGUGUCUACCAAGUUUGUUCAAAUAAAAGCCCUUGGGUUAAAAUUGGGGGGGG